CCUUUUAAAUAAUAGAGUACCAAACAUGAGUAGUUCUGAUUUAAUAGUAUAUGUUCUAAUUAAAUGACAAUAUUUGGGAUAAGUUUCAACAAUGUAAACCUCAUUUUGGGAGUGUUAUAGUGAUACCAUCAAACCACAAGGGAAUUGACUAAAAGUAUAGUUUUUAAAAACCAGAAGUGCAUUAUUUUAAAAGAUCUAAAUAUGAGUGUUAGUAUAAAAAACUCACACACACAUGUAAGCCUAUGUUACAAGAUCGAAAUUGGUUCGCGUGGGUCGAUUUGCAACCCGGAGACCCGUUCAAAAUUUGAGCAGGUUGUGUGUUGAUCGAAAUACGUCCAAAACCGCCAACAUGGUACCACUCGAUACAAAAGUCGAUCUGAGCAAGACCCGUUGACCCAGAUGUAUGUGUCUCAAUAAAAGCAUUGCAAUUGCAGAGUUUCAAUUCUAGCUUAGAUGCAAAAUGAGGCUUUGAAGAAAAUGCCGCCUGGUUCCAUUUUACUUCAUGGUCGAUCAAGAAUUCAUUCAUAUUCUGUACUAUACAAAUUAUGAUGCAUACAAGACACUUUUUAAGAAAUAUAUAUACACACAUAGAGCUUAAUUGGUUAGUAUAAUGUUGAAAUCCCGGUUCCUUGGGUUUCUAGCCAGCUGCCAAAGCCAUCUUGCAUUAUUUAUGAAUGAGAGGUCAUGCUUGAGAUUUGAGGACAGGAAUUGAGGAACAAAUUCAUGCAAAUAUCACCUACUUUAAGCAUAUUGAAGUUAAUACAAGCACUUAUCUGGUUCUUGAAAACCUGCACUAAGAUAAUAUUGAAGGUUAAUCUACUUCCAGGAGAACAAGGCCAGACUGAUAUUCUAGAUGGAGAAGUUUGCAAGCCAUUGAACCAAAUGGUUAUUAAAAAACACAUCCUGAGAAUAAAUGGAGAUAUACCUUUGACAGAUGAAACAACUUCUGAUCAUGAAAGGCUACAAAAAAGAUUACUAGAGAAUGGUUUCGUUGAGCACCACGUUAAAGGGGAUGGAAACUGUCAGUUUCGUGCUUUAUCAGAUGAAAUCUAUGGUACACCUGAAUGGCACAAUUGUGUCAGGGAGCAUGUUGCUAAUCAGCUUAGAAGUCACCCAGAGAUGUACAAGGGACAUGUUCCCAUGGUCUAUGAUGAAUAUUUAAAGAAGAUGUCAAAGAGCGGGGCAUGGGGUGAUCAUGUUACAUUGCAGGCCGCUGCAGACCUUUUUGGUGUCAAAGUUCUUGUCAUAACAUCUUUCAAGGACAGUUGUUACCUUGAGAUUCUUCCAAACGUAAAGAAAUCAGAAAAAGUCAUUAAUCUAAGUUUUUGGGCUGAGGUGCAUUACAACUCCGUACAUCCCAAAGAUUCUCCUUGUGACUUUUGUGAAAGAGAAGUGGAAGUACCUAUACUUUGAUGCAAUAGGUCAUAGUUGUACGGAACACAUACCUAUAUAAUGUGACCACCUUGUAUCGAUAAGAAAAACACUAUUAUGAGUAGAGAUUUUCUCAAUGACAUUGUACUGUAAGAAAAAUAACACUAUCUACAAUUGUUGUUGAAAAACAUCAACUUAAAGUGUUUUAAAGUGACCUGAUGUGGCAUGGUUUAAUCUUUGACCUCUAGAGUUGAGGACUUGAGGGCCCGCUCUACUAAAGAGAAACCUUGUCAUAUAAAAAAUUUAUAGUCACUCAUAUUGUUGUUGCCCAAGUAAAAAUAGUUUUAUUUUCAUAGAAUUUUUGAAUAUGAUUUCUCAUAUCCUA